AUGGAUCCAGCGGAGGAGGAGAAGGACUGGGAGGACUGGUGUUUCGUCUGCAAAGACGGUGGAGACCUAUUGCUCUGUGACUACAAGGACUGUCCAAAAGCUUACCAUGCCUCUUGCGUUGGAGAUGACAACACCUCAGCUAAAGAGAAUGAAGAUUCGUUUAUCUGCAAAUGGCACAGUUGCUACUUGUGUGGGAAGAGUCCGAAGCUACACUGUCUUGCUUGCCCACAUGCUGUAUGUGAAGACUGUGUUACUCAUGCUGAGUUUAUUAACCUUAAAGAGAAGAAAGGGUUAUGCAAUCAGUGCCAAGAGUAUGUCUUUUUUGUAGAAGAGAUUCAAAUGUAUGACGCUGCUGGGGAUAAGAUCGACCUGACAGAUCGGAAUACAUUUGAGUGUCUGUUUCUUGAGUGUUGGGAAAUAACAAAAAAACAAGAAGGUAUAACUUUUGACCAUGUCAUUGACGCCAAAAAAUCACAAAAGAAAGUUGCCAAGUUAAGACCCAAAGUUGAUCCCAGAUCUUCUCUUCAUGAUGCCUACACUUCAAAAAAAGGCGUCGACAAGCUGAAGCACAAAGCUGAUCCUAAGUGUACACUAUCUGAUAAUGUGGUUGAGAUUGAUGCAGAAGAUUACAAAAAGAAGAAGAUGGAGUAUAUCAGAUGGGGUUCAAAGCCGCUCAUUGAUUUCCUAACAUUCAUGGGGGAAGAUACCAGAAAGGCAAUGUCACAGCAUAGAGUGGAGUCUGUUAUCCACAGAUACAUUCGUCGGAAAAACCUGCUUGACCCUAAAAAGAAGAAGAAAGUUCGUUGCGAUGAGAAGCUAUAUUCUAUCUUCAAGAAGAAGUCUGUGAAGCAAAGAAAGAUUUACACACUUUUAAAGGCUCACUUCAGAGAGAACCUUGAAGAGGUCAAGUAUGUGGCACGUUCGGAACGUGGCUGCUUCAGUGGAAAUAAUGGAAAGGUUCUAGUGCCGCCGCGCAAGAAGCAGAAAAUAGAUGAGAGAACGUGUGAGAAAGAAGUGGAACCUGAAUUGCUGUCAACCGAGACUUGUGUAGAGGAAGUGAAACCUGAAAUGCAGUCAACCGAGACUUGUGAAGAGGAAGUGAAACCUGAAAUGCGGCCAACUGGUUUGGCUACGAUCAGUGCAGAUAAUAUAAAGCUUGUUUAUCUGCGGAAGAGCUUAGUUUUAGAGUUGUCGAAGCAGAGUGAGAGCUUUAAUGAAAAAGUGGUGGGAAGCUUUGUGAAAGUGAAGAAUGGCCCAAGGGACCGUCUAGCUUUCCAGAUCUUGGAGGUUACAGGAACUAAAACUGCUGAUGACGAAAGUCAGAGCGUGUUUCUUUAUGUUGCUGGUAUGGAGAGUGAUGUUAGUAUUUCGAGGUUGGAUGAUUCCGACAUAAGCAAGGAAGAGAUAGAAGAUUUGAAGCAAAAAGUGACGAGUGGCCUGUUGAGACAGCCAACAGUUGUUGAGAUGGAGCAGAAGGCUACGGCUCUCCAUGAGGAUAUAACAAAACAUUGGAUAGCAAGGCAGCUUGUGAUUCUGCAGAGACGCAUCAUCUGUGCUAAUGAGAAAGGAUGGAGAAAAGAAUAUCCUUUGAAAUUCUAUCAUCUUUAA